AUGCCUGCCACAUUUGCACGAUGUCAUCCCAAUUGCGGCCAUAUCCACGGCACGGUCACAACUCACUCAUCACUUUUUCGAUUGAAUCGACACGAGACCUUCAUCACCGUCACUCUCUCUACCCGCGUCAUGGUGGUUCCAACGCUCAUCACCGAAACGUAUCGCAUGGUCAACCCUGGUGCACCUCUUCCUGUUCCCAGUCUUCGAGGCGCCGUUGGCCUACAUUGCCCAGUCUGCGCCACCCCGAUGAUCUACAAAAGAGCUAACAAAGAAUCCUGGCUCAUUGGGGCAAUGCCCAACUCCUUCAAAUGA